ACAAAACAGUGGAUAUGCGGUGGUGAGAUGCAUCCACUGUUGAUUUAAGCCUGCUGUCUGUCAGAGAGGAGACCAAAGAAAAGCUGGGAGCGAAGGUGCAGAAGGACACAAGACAUGGCGAGGAUGAAGGAGUGCGUUGCUGCUGUGGUGCUGAGCCUCCUCUCAGUGGGACUCUCUGCUCCUCUGAGCAGCUGUGACAGUCUGUUGAAACCCAUAUCUGUCAGCAAUGAAGACAUUUCAGGGCGCUGGCUGUACAUCGGGGGGAGCUCUGACCUCCCAGGAAGCCGCUCCAUGAGCCGCCUGAUGACCAGCGCAUGGUUGGACGUCACCGCGACGACGCAGGACAACGUCCUCCACCUCCUGCAGACCCAGAGAAUAGUUGGCAAAUGUUUCAGCAUACAUUACAAUGUGAACUUUGAAAACAGCACCUUGUUUAUCGAGGAACCUUUCUAUCUCAAGGAGGUCUACCUGCAGACUGGCUGCUCCGACUGUCUGCUUGCUUAUGAACAAGUUGUCUCUGGCAAUGAUACUUUCACCAGCCUUUUGCUCUUCAGUAGGAGAAAAAGUGUCUCCCCUGCUGUGUUGGAGAUGCUGAAGAGACAGGCCGAAUGUCUCCAGAUGUCGUCGCCCAUAAUGAUGGACCCAGACUACGAAAUCUGCCCCGACAACAUCCCGCCCUCUGAAGGGAUUGCUGCCCUCAACUCUUUAUUUGAGGCCAAGAUGGGACACAAAGUUUUCAAAUUCCUGGAUUCUUUUUUUGAAAUGUUUGUGAACUGAUUAGUUCUGUCAUUUUGGCCCAUCUAAGUGAGGGUAAUUUCGUUGUCUGAUUUCUAUGAACAGAAAUAAAAAGUAAUAAAAUGAAGAUGGAAGCACUGGCAUU